CAAGUCAAUAGAUAACCUCAAUGUAGAUAGUAGAUCAAACAAAAUUAAAUAUUUACUUUCAAAAUGUAAGAAUAAUUUAAACUCCUGUUUAUUAUUUUUUUAAGUUGUAUCAUUGUUGAUGAGGUGCAUUAGUUAGAAAUUAAUAAGCAUAGAUACGCAGCUUGUUCAUAAAACAUGCUGGACAGACGUGUAACCAUUCUCAAAAAUGGUGAAACCACUGGAGGAAAAGUGUUUUUGGUGCCACAAUCCCUGGAUGAGUUCCUCAGUCAGAUAUUUUUAAAAUUUAACUUUGUUGCACGCAAGCUGUUUACUUCUCAAGGUGGCGAAAUUGAUCACGUUGACCUAAUUCGAGAUAAUGAUAUUUUGUACAUAUCAAGUGGGGAGGACUUCAUACCGUCAUCGAGGGCAAAUGUUAGUUCUAAAACUAAUUCAGAUUGGGUCACGCUAAAUGUCGGUGGAAAAUACUUCACCUCCUCGAAAAGUACGCUAAUAAAAAAAGAACCUUGUAGCAUGUUAGCUAGAAUGUUUGCUGAAAAUCAUGGCAGUUACUUAUUUACACCUAGUGAUAUCGACGCAAACAAAGCAUACUUAAUUGAUCGCAGCCCUACGUACUUUGAACCUAUAUUAAACUAUUUAAGAAGCGGGCAGCUUAUUUACGAUAGUAACGUGAACCCGGAAGGCAUACUGGAGGAGGCUCGUUUUUUUGGAAUCGAAUCUGUGAUUCCCAUACUCGAACAAAUAGUACAAGUACAUAAGACACCGCGCGAUGAAUUACCUUUAACGAGGCGGGAUGUUAUCGACGCCUUAAUUAAAUGUCCGUAUUCUGCCGAAUUACGGUUUCAAGGUGUUAAUUUGGCUGGUGCCGAUUUAAGCAAACUAGAUCUCCGAAAUAUCAACUUUAAAUAUGCAAAUCUGCACGGUUGCAUGCUGAUGGGUUCGAAUUUAAGUUGGUGUUGUUUGGAACGUGCCGAUUUAUCGCAUGCAGUUUUAGAUGGAGCUCAUCUUUUAGGUGUUAAAAGCUUAUGCGCUAAUAUGGAGUGUGCUCAAUUAAAAAGUUGCAACUUUGAAGAUCCCGCCGGCAGUAGAGCAAACAUGGAAGGUGUUAACUUAAAGGGUGCCAAUCUGGAGGGUAGCGAUAUGGCAGGCGUUAAUUUGCGAGUUGCUACACUAAAAAAUGCCAAUCUGAAAAAUUGCGAUUUACGGGCCGCAGUUUUAGCUGGUGCAAAUUUGGAGAACUGUGAUUUGUCUGGAAGUGACUUGCACGAGGCAAAUCUGCGUGGAGCAAAUUUGAAAGAUGCCGCCUUCGAGUUAAUGCUCACACCUUUACACAUGUCACAAACAAUUCGCUAAAUUGUGACUCGCAGUAUUAUGUCAAGUCUAAUCUACUUUAAUGUGUUAUAUUGUAUAUUUUGUGUUAAUUUUAUAUAGACUGUUAUAAACAACUUUAAUAUUAAGUCUGAUUUCGAUUCUCAAAAAAAUGUUACUUAAUUCAGGUUGAAUAAAAUGAAACUGAAGAGAAACUGCCCAUGCGUAACAUAA